AUGGAAGGCAUGCGUGGAGAGACCGCCGAGUCGAACUCUGGGCCCACCUUCCGCUCCGCAGCCUCGCGAUUCCUGAGACCUAAUUCUAGCAACGAUCACUCCGCAAUACACUACACCCCCGCACAGACGAACGAAAUCAAUGACAUCGGUUCUCCAGACCAUGCAUCUUCGACGGGAAAGCAAUCGCCUCACGUUAACCAUGGGAGCGUCGAUGCUACCAGCACAGCCAAUAGCCAUCCAGAUCCAGCUUCGCAUGUCUUUUGGAAUGGCCUGUCUGUGUAUGCGUUGACCUGGGAGUUUCUUGGGAUCGUUAUUUCGAUUCUGUUCUUGAUUCUAGGAGCAUUUGUUGCGAAUCUCAGAGGUCAGAACGAGACGGACUGGUCGAAGCGUAUCCUUCAGGCGACGCGGAUUGCUCCUUCCAUCUGGCCUAUCCUGUUUUCAGGUGUGCUGGGCAAUGCGGUGCGGCGGUUUGCCAAUUGGCGAGCCGAGCGUGGUAUACAGUUGCUGGCGCUGGAGCAUUUGAUGGGCUCGCUCACGAUGGCGGGCUCUUUCAUAGCUAUGUUCACUCUGUCGAUGCUCAAACCGGCGUCGCUCGUCUUGGUCGUCUUGUGGGCAUUCAAUCCACUAGGCUCUCAGGCCUCGUUCCGAGGCAUCUAUCUGAAGGAUGUUAUAGGCUAUGAGACAGGGAAGAUUACGCACUACAAUCCCAGCCUCAGCCUUCAGAUGAACUUGACGAUGUGGUCGUUCGGGAUGCAACGCACAAAGCCGACCACUCGUGCGUUGUACUCGACACUCUUGUACGACAUCGUUCCCACGAUCCAGUACGUCGAUCCCAGCAGCGCUUCCUACCAGGAAACGAUGAUGAAGCUCGGAGGCCCUCAGUCUGCUGCCAUUCAAGCUGCUAUGGACUCCUGGGGUAACGUCCGCAUUCCACAUUUGGAAUACGCCGCUGGUUACGAUCCGUCGAAUCCUCAUGAAUGGGUUUCUAUACCUUGGACAGAUGCUGUGCAGAACUACAGCAGUUUGAUGGGCGCUCGUUUCGAAGGCGUCGAUCGCACCAUUACGGGGAACACGACGUUCAAUAUGACCUCGAGCUACCAGACGCUGGAUUGCUCACCGUGGAUAAACAUCAAAGAAGCUGAAGCUCCAGAAUGGACCUUGUCGACCUUGAACCAGAACUUUACGGAUCUUAUCGAAUACGAUACGCUUUCUCGCAAUUCAACAAUUCGUAAAAGCGAUAGAGAUUUACCCCGAACAUUCUGGGUCGCGUCGUCUGCUGGUAGGACGUACAACAGAACGUACCCGGGACAUCCUCGAAUAUUCUUUGGGUCUGGUCUUCCCAACGACGACCUCAAGCCGCCGCAACCAAUGUCUGUCACGUCUUGUGGUUCUGCAACGACGUAUGUCGACGUUCAAGUCACUUGCAUAUCCAAAGGGUCAGGGACCAAACUCAACUGCGGUGUCGAUGCAAUGCGAAAGAUGCAUACACCCCCAGAGUCCGAGGAGCAUAACCUCUUGGAAUCGUGGCGCGUCAGGGAAGAAACUGGAGUCAACCUCAACCCUCAAGUUCCAAACUACUUCCUAGACGGUUUCAUGGAUGUCAUCGACGAUAAUCAAGGCGGCAGCGGUGUCUCUAGCGUCGUGGAAUGGUAUCUUCAAGACCCCUCAACAGCAUUCGGCCCAGCCGCAUACACAAGACUUUUGCUUGCCGAUUUGAAGGACGUGGACAUCAAAACAGUAGAGCAGCGGUUGAGUCUGCUGUACAAUACCCUGUGGCAGCUAGGUUGGACAUUCCAGACAGUGAAUAGCGGUAACUGGACCAGAGAUGAAGGUAUCGACAAUCUCUCGAAUGUCACAUCCCAUACCAUCAAGCCGCUCGAGCCGGUGUACGAACUCGACAUACCGUGGCUGACCGUCUAUUUCGUCUCCGUGGGCGUAAUGUUCCUCGCUGCGGCUGUUUCGCUCAUUCUGCAUGCGAAGUGCACAGCACCUCCGAUCCUGGGUUAUGUCAGCAGCUUGAUCAGAGACUCGGUGUUCUUCGGCGAUAGUGGCAUACAAGGGAAUAGUAUGGAGGGCGGCGCAAGUAAGGCGAGUAGGCUCGGGAAGAUGGAAGUUAAGAUUGCAGACGUAUGGAGUGAGGAGACAGUGGGCAGAGUUGCUUUCGCGCCGGCACAAGGUAGGGGGGUAGUAAAAAAAGGGAGGUGGUACGAAUGA